CGCAUCGAACGGACAGGGAGCUUCUACUGCGAAGAGCAAGGGUAGUACGAGUACAAGAACUGGAAUUGAGAUUGAGUGGAGUCGGCUAAUUCGACGACCACCAGAGGAUGGAGCAGAGGAGAAAGAAGAUCGCGAUGGUUCUGCUUCUGAUGCGACUACUACUUCUGACUAUUCUUCUUCUUGUAGUAGCUUAGAAGUGCAGUUUGAGAAUGUGGAUCAUUGGUACCGGGAUUUUCGUUUUAAAAACGAUUGCCCCUACCGGCAGAGGAGUCUCAAGAUCGUCCUCAAAAUUGACCUCGAAAAGUCCAUUUGCAACACGCUAGCUGGUUUCCGCGACGCCUUCUACGCGAUGGUCGACUCCUCAACAGGCUUGUUCGAAGUAAGCCGUGGUGUCUUUGUCAAGUUGGAACUUCUGGCGAUUUUCGCGGAAGGAGACCACAUGGACGUCCCUGGUGACUUCUUUACGCAUUUUUUUCAUGACCGCGAUGCCACAUCAGACGAAGGCUACAAGCGGCGUAACUGCUUUUUCAGUUUGCGGGACCUGCUUGCCACCAGUCGCGCAGGGCACAAGUUCUACGGUGGUUCCUACGAAUCUGACAACGUGAGUGGUGAGUUAGCGUGGGUGAACCAGCGAUACAUGCCCGCGGGAAUAGCGUGGUCGCAGGUUCGAUACGCGCGCACGUGGGAUCCCCUCCACUGUGUGGCGGCUCACGCAAACUCCAGUUUUGGACUGCCGCAAGAGUUCUCUCUUAACCGCUGGGCCAACCGACAUGCGCAGGAGCAAGCAACACGGAGAUGGCGGGUAGAGGAACGAACAUUAAGGCUCAACUUUCAUUGGUCAUUGGGGGUUGGUCACUGAGAUCGAAGAGGCGACCCCUUGAGAGAACCAACAGGGGAAAUUUGAUGAAGGGAAAUGGCGGGGAGAGCUUUGAAGGUGGUCUCUUCCGUUCAGAGUCAGCGACCAAUGACUGCCGACCUUUAAGAACACAGCAAGUUUGGCAGAGACUUGCGAUGUCAAACAAGGACUACGGAAGCGGAAAGCACGGUGGCAAUAUUGUUCUAGACGGUAAGAUCACUCUCACUGCAAAGCGACACGAAGAGUUUAAGCGACUCUUUCACAGUCUCUCAUGGAGCUCGAGCUCGUCUCUACAUGAAGAGGAUGCGGAUGAAAGCGACGCGGCUAAAAUGGACUAUUUUCUGGGUUUUGAUCUAUGGAAUGCACGGCGGCGGGGCAAUGCCACGCAGCGAAUUGACUACGAGCAAAUUACAGAGGCCUUGAAAUCCAGCACAAAUAUUGUAAGAGACUAGAAGCAAGAAAAGGGCUCUACCUUUUGCCAGCGAAGCGAGGUCAGUGGCUCGGGAGGUCUGUGUUUAACCACUAGAAGCGGGUAUUAUAAUACGUACACUACCGAGUGGAGCCGUGAGCUUGACCGAGCAACACGCAAGAGAAGAGCAUAAGGUGUGUAUGAUGUGCGAUGCAGGCCAGUGUGACGCAAUACGUAAAGCAAGAACCACAGAAGUGCGUCUGUCA